GAUCCGGUGUAGCAGUGGUCUCCCGUGAAGCACAUCUGACCGUCCAAUCAACCUCGAGCAAACACCACAAACAUCUCACUUUGCCGUUGGAUUCCACAAACAGAAGCUGAAUCCUCCGCUGUGGACGGGGUUUCUCUUUCUGGACAUUAAAUUAGGGUUUGUCAAAUUCGAAAUCGAAUUUCCGCCGGACUCAAAAUCUCCGGUCAGUUCCGAUGCUGCCGAAAGGAAGAAAAGUUUCAGGGCGAGGAGAGGCCGUGGCGGCGAACUACGCGUUCGGGCCACUCGAAGAUGACGUCAUCAUCAAACACAGACUUCUCACUCGGACCACCACCACGAGAGGCGAACCGCCAUUGAAGAAGCUCCAGAAGAAGUUCACGUCCCUGUUCGUCGAGCUCGACAAGAACGAUGACAACUUCGCCGACUGCGACAAGCUCGCCAAGGCUUUCCUCCAGGAGCUCAACACGUUCGAGAUUCCGCUCCUCAAGAGCAAAGCCGUCGUGGAUGCGAAUCUCCGGGAGAAGCACAAUUUUGACGAGCUGAGGGAGGAGAUUAACCGGCAGAUUGUGCAGGCGAAGACCGACAUUGAGAUGCUCAAGAAGCAGCUCGAGGAGAGUAAGAUCGAAAGAAGGCACAAGGAGGAGUGUGAGUCGAUCAGGAAAUUGAUUGCUACGCAGCCGCCGCGGUCGGAGACGCUCAAGAUCAUAUCAGAUUUGGAGAAGGAGAUUGCGGCAUUGGAUGCGGAGAACACCGCGAGUUCGCGGACGCUGGAGCUGAGGAAGAAGCAGUUUGCUCUGCUCCUGCAUGUGGUGGAUGAGUUGCAGAAUACCAUAGAGGAAGAGCAGAGGAGUUUAAUUGAGGAGAAAGAGCAGAAAAAUGGAAUGGAGGGUGCAACUGGGGGCUCAGAACCAAUGCUUGUUGAUUAGAGUAUGCAGUUCAUUUCACAGUUUCCAAGUUGUAAGAUUGCGAAUUAUGCAUUGGUGUCUCUUGAUUUUCGGAAACGGGGCUCUCAAGAGAGUAUAAGUGUAUUGCUCUGUAGUUGCAGGAUGCUAGCAAUUUUAUAAAAUUUUAUGGUUGUGCA